CGGGCAGCGGCAUGGGGGACUUCGCGGCCCCCGUGGCCCCCGCCAACGGCAGCGGCGUGUGCAUCGGCGGCAGCGGCGGCCCGGGCAGCGGGGGCCCCGCGGCGGCGAGCGGCAGUGCGGCGGCGGCCGUGCCCAAGCACAGCGCGGUGGUGGAGCGGCUCCGCCAGCGCAUCGAGGGCUGCCGGCGGCACCACGUCAGCUGCGAGAACAGGUACCAGCAGGCGCAGGCGGAGCAGCUGGAGCGGGAGCGCCGCGACACCGCGAGUCUGUACCAGCGCAGCCUGGAGCAGCGCGCCAAGAGGCCGGCGGGCGCGGGCAGGCAGCCGGGCCAGGGCGCGCACGAUGCGGACGGCGGCGCGGCGGAGCAGCGGAGCCACACGCUCAUCAUGCUACAGGAGACGGUGAAAAGGAAGCUGGAGGGCGCUCGGUCGCCGCUCAACGGAGACCAGCAGAACGGGGGGUGUGACGGGGGCUUCUCCCCCACCGGCAAGCGGCUCCGGAAGGAUGGGCCUGUGGGAGCCGAACCCAGCAGCCUGCCGCUGCCCCAGCUGGACCUGAAGCCCGCCCUAGGCCUGCCCGGCGGCGGUGGCGGCGGGGGGCUCCUGGACGAGCUGGGCACGGGCACCAGGCUGCCCGAUGGGAAGCCGCCUGCCAACGGUGCCCUGGACGAGGGGUUGAGGCUGCCGCCGGCCAAGGAGCCCAAAGCCGAGCCCCUGGAUGAGGCCACCUGCAUGGACGGAUCUGAGACCUCACUCUCACACCAGAACAAGCUCUUCUCCGACAUCAACCUCAACGACCAGGAGUGGCAGGAGCUCAUCGACGAGCUGGCCAACACGGUGCCCGAGGAUGACAUCCAGGACCUGUUCAAGGAGGACUUCGAGGACAAGAAGGAGCCGGACUUCCCGCAGCCGCCCGCCGAGGCUCCACUGUCCCAGGAGGCCGUGGCGGGCGACCCGGCCCACUCGCCCUGCGCCCACGGGCCCCUGGCAUCCCCCCAGGCCCGGCCGGCCUCCUCCGGGCCCCCCUUCCCCGCCCCCGGCCUGCUUGUGGCCCCCGGAGGCUCCCCGGGGCAAACGCCCGGCCAGGCGGCCCCCAGGCCUGGGAGCGGCUAUCUCCUAAGUGCGGCGGCCCCCGGCCCCGGGUCUGGGCCCAGCCCCGACCUGUCUCCCGCGGAGCAGCUGAAGCAGAUGGCGGCCCAGCAGCAGCAGCGGGCCAAGCUCCUGCACAAGCAGCACUCGAACCCUACGCCCAGCUGGUCCCCGCUGGGGCCUCCGUCCAGCCCGUACGGGACCACGUUCCCUGCAGAAAAACCAAAUAGUCCCAUGAUGUACCCCCAAGCCUUUAACAGCCAGAACCCCGCAGUGCCUCCUAUGGCCAGCAGCCUGCAGAAUACCACCAUGAGCAACUACCUCCCUCAGAACCCCAUGAGCAUGGUCAGCCAGCCGCCAAGCAGCCUGGGCACCAACUCCCUCAGCAAACCCCACGGCGUCCUGACGUACGGCAAUACCAAGCCCCUGACUCACUUCAACGCCGACUUGAGUCAGAGGUUGACGCCCCCCAUGGUCAACCCCAGCAAAAGCCCUCUGAUGCCAUACCUGCAGCCACAGCCACAGCCAUCGCAGCCACAGUCCCAGCCGCAGCCGCCGCAGCAGCUCCCGGCGUCCAGGGCGCACCUGAGUGAGGAGCAGAAGCGCAUGCUUCUCCUGAAGCAGAAGGGGGUGAUGAGCCAGCCUCUGGCAUACCCUGCGCUCCCCCCCCACGGCCAGGAGCAGCACCCAAUGGUGCUUCCCCGCACCUCGGGCCCCAUGCCGUCACCCAUGGCGCCCGGCUCAGGCCCCGGCUUCCUGGGCAGCCAGCCACAGGCCCUGGUGAGCCAGAUGCUGCUGGACCAGCGGGCACAGCUGCUAGAGCAGCAGAAGCAGCAGUUCCUUCGUGAGCAGAGGCAGCAGCAGCAGAUGCUGGCAGAGCAGCAGCUGCAGCAGGCUCACCACCCCCGGCAGCACCUCCAGCAGCAGCGGAGCCAGUACCCCGUGCAGCAGGUCAAUCAGUUCCAAGGCUCUCCCCAGGACAUGGCCGCCGCUGUGAGGAGCCAGGCCGCCCUGCAGGGCCUGCGGACGUCCCGGCUGAUGGCACAGAACGCAGGCCUGCUGGGCAUGGGGCCUGCCCAGAGCCCAGGGCCCUCGGUGGCUGCCCCACCCGAGAUGGGGCUGGCACCGUACAGCGGGGCGCCCACCAACCAGCCCGGCGUGUACAGCGGGGGCCCCAGCAUGGCCCCUGUGCUGCAGCACCCAAGCCCUGGUGUGGGCCUGAGCCACGGCCAGACCCCCACACCCCGGCAGCCUGCCUCAGGCCAGGGCAGCGGCUUUGCCCAGAACUUGCUGGCGGGCUCCGCGGGGGGCCAGCCGCACCCACAGAUGAAAGGGCCAGGGGGCCAGGCCCUGCCCAGGCCGCAGCCCUCACCCAGGCUGCCACAGGGCCCCCCAGGCUGGCAGCAGCGGGCCCUGCAGGGCACGCCAGGCAGGACGAGUGGGGACUUGGGCACCUUCAGCAACGGAGCUGGCUACCCGCUGCCCGCCGGCCAGCCCAGGCUAGGGAAACAGCACUUCCCGCCAGCGCUGGGCGCCAUGGUUGACGCCGGGGCAGUCAGGACCCUCAGCCCCGCUGGCCUGGGCCGCCCUAUGAUGCCCCCACAGGGCCCCAGCCAGGCCCGGCCGGUGGUCCUGUCUGGCCUGAGCCAGGGGGUCUCAGGACUCCCAGCCUACAGCCAGCCCCCAGCCCAGCCGCCGGUGGCAGGGAGCGCCUUCGGCCCAGGCGGCCAGACCUACGAGCGGGGCCCCGGGCAGGAGCUGGCCUAUGGCUACGGCAGCGAGCCCCCUGGGGGCCCCUUCCCUGGCCUCCCGGACAGCGACCUGGUGGACUCCAUCAUCAAGGCCGGCCCAGGUGACGAGUGGAUGCAGGAGCUCGACGAGCUGUUUGGAAACCCGUAGUCCCCGCUGGACAGGCCCAGUCUGGCUCUUAACUGUUGUGCCCACAGGAAACUGAGGGACCUACGGCCGGCCCCCCCAGCCCUGCUGGGCCAUAGUGGGGGCCCCUGGGAGAGCGGAAGGCCCACCGGGCCUGGCUGCUCCAGCCACGAGGGACAGACCCCCAGGCCCUCCCCGCCUCCUGGGCUCUGAGCUUUGGUCAGGAGAGUCACACUGGGGUGGCCGAUGUUGGCACAGAGGCCUGGACUUGGGCUGGAUGGGAGGUCCAGCUGCAGGACACACUCCAGGGACGAAGGACAGACCUGAGCCCGCUGGCCCACCCACCUCAAGCCUCAGGGAUGUCAAGGCGCUGCUGACGGACAGACAGAUGGGUGGCCUGCAGGCUCCCCAGCUACCCUAGAGGAGGGGCUCGGGCAGCCAUCCCAGCUAGCUGGGUUGGAGCUUUCUGGGGCUCCCUCACGUGGAGACAGGUCACAGCUACAAGUGGGGGCCACAGGGGAUCUCCGGACAGAUGCCCGUGUUUGCCCCCCCCUUCCCCCUACUUCAGACUGUCCAAGAAGCAGAUGGGACGUGUCCCCAGGGAGCAGGGGCAGAGGCCCCAAAGUGAAGGAACUUGGUGCCUGAGACAAAGGCUGCCUGGAGCUCUCUCUGGAGUCUGCUCUGCCCUGGUGGCCAGUGGAGCCCCACAGCUCCUCCUGCCUGGGUGGGAAGGGUCCAGGAGGGGUGCUCUGAAGUCAGCCUCAUGCUUAACCUGCUCACCAGAAAGACCAGACCCUGAGCCCCAGAGGAGGAGCUGAGACAUACCCCCACAGACAGACACGCAGAGAUGCCUGGCACGUCUGGGCAUCCAAAGGGGGAGGACCAGGCUGCUCGCCAGUGGGCCAGUUCUCUCCCUCACUCAGACAUCAGCCCCUCCACUGUCCUGUCCAGAGGCCACAUGGCAUCGCCACUGUCCUGUGUGCUUUUUCCACACCCCGUCCCUCUGGGUCCCCAGGCCUAGGGAAGGUGCUGAGAACAGGGUGGGAGACAGAGGACAACCAGAUGGCAGGCUUGAAAAACCCCACCACCACCACUCCCGGCCACCCAGGGUCUCAGUAUGCUCAGCAAGGUGGGGGCCAAAGGGACCCGGGGUGCUGCUACCCCAGGGAAGACUGCUGGCAGAGGGACAGAGAUGAAAACCAAAAACCCAAUAAGCGAGAAGACAUGAGACAUAGUCACCUUUCCAAGAAGACGCAGGACCUGAAUAUAGAAGCAAUCACAGGACAUUGGAGGGACUGGUGAGGGGGACAGGCUGGGGGCCCCCUUGUCCAUGCAAAGCCUCCUCCAAACACUCAGUUCUGGGACCAACUCACUAGAGAGGUAGAUUUCCCCACGGUUGUGUCAUUUGGGUUUCGUUUUUACUAUGGUGCUGAUGUAUAUGUAAUGUCAAAAAAAAAAAAGUUACUUGUAAAUAAGUUUUUACGAUACUGCAGAUAUCACUGGGUCUACUAUCUGUAAAAUAUAUAUAUAUACAUAUAAAUAUAUAUAUAUAUACUGUUUGUUUAAAAUAGAGUAUUUUUAUUUCAGUCCUGCCUCAUCACUGCAGCUGACAUCUGACUACUGACUCCUACUGUAGCCCCUCGGCCCACCCUCCGCCCUCCACCCUCAACAGGCUUCUACGUCCUGCUUUCCCUUUGUCCCUACAGCCUUGCUUCUUUCCUUUGAAGACAUGUACAGACCUCUGAAAUGUAGAGAUGAAGUGAUGUCAGCAUACCACUUUGAACAGAGAGGAAGAAAAUAAAAGAUUGUUAUCUGGC